UGCCGGCCGGUAUUGACGGAUACAGAGCAUUAUAGAUUUUGGCUAUCUGUGUCAAUAUCAUCAAAUCGCAUGAUCUCUGGGGCUAGUGGAUCGGAUGGGAUAGAAGCCCGUCGGACUUGGCUUCAUCCGCCAUCGCCAAAGAGCCUCCUUCAAUUUACACGUCAAUAAUCACCAUCACACAUGACUGGAUGCCCCUGGCAUUUAACCAAGCUGUGGUACCAGAAAUUACCUGAAUUCUGUCACGUGGCUUACCACUCGCGGCAAAUCAAGUACAACUUCCUGCGACCUUCGAGUUCUUUCACUUUGCUGCAACGCCCUUGUACUCAUAUUGGGAUCUCAGGGCCGCCUCCAAUGGAGCGCCCAGUGAAAAGAGCCCGGCUAGCCCCGGACUUGGCUGGAGAAGAGGAUACGGUACCAGGUCGAGUCUCUACACCUCUGGCUUCCCUGCAUCGGUCUAUCACACCACCUCCCAGGGCUCGCUCACAACCACGAGCAGUCUCCAGUGCCUUGUGUUCUGAUUUGAAGAGCGACCAAGCCGAAGAUCUCAAGCCCAAGCAAACGGAUCACACGAGGUCGAAUCGUGUCAUCUCAUCUCCAGUACAGCUCACACAUAUUCGUGACUUUGCAGAGCAGAGAGGAUACAAUGUCGACACGGUUAAGUUACGUGAUAUCCUCGGUGACCCGAUGAUCCGAGAGUGUUGGCAGUUCAAUUAUCUUUUCGAUGUGGACUUUCUCAUGUCCAACUUUGACGAGGAUGUCCGGAGCCUGGUCAAGGUCAAAGUGGUUCACGGCUCAUGGGAACGGGAAUCUGCGAACCGAGUUCGGGUUGAGGAAGCGUGCUCCCGAUACCCAAACGUUGAGCCUAUCAUCGCCUACAUGCCUGAGCGAUUUGGGACGCACCAUUCCAAGAUGAUGAUCCUUUUGCGACAUGAUAAUCUCGCCCAAGUCGUGAUCCAUACCGCAAAUAUGAUCCAUGGAGACUGGGCAAAUAUGACUCAAGCAGUAUGGCGAUCUCCAUUGCUUCCACUACAAAAGCCCGGUACCCCGGCAACAGCCUCUAUAAAGCCAGGUUUUGCAACUGGCGCGAGGUUCAAGAGAGAUCUGCUAUCCUAUCUUAGAGUAUACGGUCCAAAGAAAACAGGACCGCUAGUCCAGGAACUCAAUCGGUUUGAAUUUGACUCAGUUCGUGCUUCCCUUGUCGCUAGUACACCUUCCAAGCAAAUGUAUAGCAAACUGGAUUCCGACAAAGCUACACUAUGGGGAUGGCCAGCCCUGAGAGAUGUCACGAGCCGGAUUUCAGUGCAAGCAAAAGCUAGAAAUGGCAAUCAGCAGCCCACCAUGCAACCGCAUAUUGCUAUACAGAUCUCCUCGAUAGCCUCUCUCGGUCAGACAGACAAAUGGCUCAAAGAGGUAUUUUUCAAAGCCCUAGCUCCAACACCAACAGCCCCUCAGCCCAAAUACUCCAUCCUAUUUCCGACCCCCGACGAGAUCCGCCGCUCGCUAGAGGGCUACGGCUCGGGCGGCUCGAUACACAUGAAAAUACAGACCGCACCGCAACAAAAACAAUUGCAAUACAUGCGACCACACCUCUGUCACUGGGCCGGCGAUGGCUCAUCUACGUCCAAUUGCAUCGAUCUAUCAGAAGAAACUCCUCGGAAGCGAGAGGCUGGUCGGGCUCGUGCAGCACCUCACAUCAAGACGUAUAUCCGGUAUACGGACGCGGAGACUAUGGACAGCAUUGACUGGGCGAUGGUUACGUCUGCGAACUUGUCCACACAAGCCUGGGGAGCGGGAGUGAAUCAGAGUGGUGAGGUGAGGAUAUCGAGCUGGGAGAUUGGUGUUGUAGUUUGGCCGGAGCUAUUUCUGGAUGAGAAGCCCGCCGACUCGAAGGAUGCAGGAUCCGUGACUGCACUGAUGGUGCCCUGCUUCAAACACGAUCGGCCUGAUAUUGCACAACCGGAUCAUGUGGCCGAGGGCGAGUCUCGGACCGUGGUUGGGUUCCGAAUGCCGUAUGACCUCCCGCUGACGCCGUACAGCGCCUCGGAUGAGCCGUGGUGUGCAUCAGCCUCGCACCCCACGCCGGACUGGCGCGGACAAAGUUGGAUUAAUUAACGUGAUGGUGGUAUAUCACCGCUAACUCGUCACCAAACGUCGCCAUCCUACAUAGUCUACCUCUUCAUGGUCUACAAUCCACAUUUUUACCGAAACC